GACACUGAUCAUAACAAAAAUUUGAACAACAAUAGUACAAAUACUAAUACACAAAAUAAUCUUAAUUGGGACAACAACAACAACAACAACAACAAUAAUAAUAAUAAUAAUAAUAAUAAUAAUAAUAAUAACAACAACUAUAAUAGCGAUAUAAUGAAUAGUAAUAAAUCUUCCCCUAAAUUGCCAGGUUCAGGGUUUUUCAAUCAGGCAUCAAAACUAUUUUCCGGUUUAUUUGAAUCUUCAAACAUCGACCAUUGUGCAAAAGAAGGCGGUGUGGAGGUUAUGUUACUAUAUGCUUUUUAUUUGCAAGUAGCUGAUUGUACUGUUUCAUCUUAUUUUUAUUUUGGUUUGGCUUUACGAUCAGCUUUAAUACUAGGAAUGCACGUCGAUGCUGAAAAAAAUACCUUAACUAGAUUUGAAUUAGAACAUAGACGAAGAUUAUGGUGGACUGUUUAUAUGUUUGAGAGAAUGUUAAGCUCUAAAGUUGGCUUGCCUUUAUCCUUAACAGAUGAUUCUAUCUCCGUGGAGUUACCAAAUGAUUUUAAUAUGUCAAAUCCUCCAUUGGGAUGUGAACAUUAUAUUUUUCCCGAAGCUGAAUAUAUUAAGAAUUGUGUCUUAAUAACUCAGAUCAACUCCAAAAUUUUAUCGAAUUUAUACCAAAAGCCUCCAACUAAAAAUAUCUUACCGAUAUUGUUAGAAUUAAUCGAAGAUUUAUUAAAUUGGGAAAAAAAUUUACCAAAUUUUUUAAAACCUGAUUUUCAAAAAAGUGACAAAAUAUUGAAAAUUUCAAGAUUAAUUACAAAUUUAUUCACUGAAUAUUUCCAAGGGAUCAAUCUAGCUGUAAGACCCCUAUUGUUUCAUUUCACUAACAAACAACUAAGAAAAAAUCAGAAUAAAAAUAUUUAUAUAGAUUUAACUUUUUUUUCCAAACCAAUUUUAAAUUUGUUAAAUUCCUCUUUUCAAGCUUCAAUUAAUACUAUUAGAUCAUUGUGGUCGUUGAUGCCCGAAAAUAUGAUUGCAUUGUUUGGUUAUAUGGAUAGAGAAUAUUUAUUCACGAGUUCUGCAACAUUGAUUCUAUUUAAUGCUGCAUUUGGAGUCCAUAAAGCAACUUUUGAGCACCUAGACCAUGCUUUAAUAAUAUUUACAAAAAUGAGAAACCUAGGUAAUCAUCCUGCAAACCUAAGAAGGUGUCAAUUGUUAAAAUUGCUAAAAGUUUUAGAUUUCAAUGGGGUUAUGCACGAUUUGAUUGUCAAACAUGAUGAUGACAUUGAAAUGAACAACUUUUUUAAUGACGUUGACAGGCUAAGUUCAGCUCAAGACAGCUUGAUUAAAGACUCGAAUAUAAACUCAGAUAUAAAUCAAAAUCCAAACGAAAAUAACCAAGAUAACCAAGAUAUUCAAAAUUUCAAUCAAAACUUUAGUCAAAAUGUCAGCCCAAGUCUUGAUCAAAAUGUCAACCAAAACGUUCAUCAAAACAUGAACCAAAACUACCUUUAUGAUCAAAAUCUUUUCCAGGACCAAAACCAAAACCAAAACCAUAGCUCCAAUGUUCCCUACCAGCUUAGUAAAGGAAAGCAACGUGAAAACAUAAAUGGAACGAGCCACAAUUUCACAGAUCAUCAAUUCAAUUCCAAACUGAGCUACAAAAAAUCCCAGCUGAUGCAACAAUCUUACUCAAUGAUGGAAGACACUCUUCCAAUGAAUUUCCCUUCUUACUCCACAGCCGUUGAUUCUAAUAGAAUUUACAGAGGAUCUAAUUUAUCUUCUGUUAGAUCAACUACCCCAACAUUGACGGAUUCUAAUAUGCUGCAUAACUUUUCUCACCAGAAUCCCUUUGAAUCUUUUCAUAUUUUCUCAACCUCGAACGCAAAUACCGAGAAUAACAAAAAUUCAGAUUUUAAUACCAACACUGGUAAUGUUAAUAUCAUUGCCCACAAUAACAUUGAUACUAUUAAUAAUGCCACUGCUAGUUUUAAUAAAAGAAGGUUUUCAAACUCAGUGUCGGAUCUUAUUAAUUUGGGAUCAAAAAAAAGAAGAAGUUCAAAUUCAAGUUCCAAAUCAUCAUCAUCAAACAGUCGUCUUGAAGCAUUUUUACAGCCUCCUUUGGUUUCGCCAGAUUCCCUUAAAAUUCUAUUAAAAAAUUGCGAAGCCAGUGAAAGUGAGAACGCUUUAUGGAAUGAAAUAACAGAUGAGGCCAUGUGGUUAGGAGAUUUUAGCGAGGAGUUUAAUAAAUUUGUGGGGUAAUUUUUUUCACUAAAAACAUUGUAAAUUUCAAACCAAAUCUUUUUGAGGUUUUGUUUGUUCGGAUUUUUGUUUGAAAUGUCAAAUUUAAUUUGUCGAGAUCCAAACAGCUUUAGUUCUAAGUCUCUGUGUCCAUAAUAUCACGAGAGCUGUUACAUUUUAAUUUUAAUUUCAUUGCUAUGCUUUUCGUUUCUAUUUUUGCUUCGGGUUCUCAUUUUUAUAACACUUUUUAUUAUACUUUUUUUUUCGUUAUAUUUAGAUGCUAUUAUAUUUUUUUAAUUUUUUUU